GAUGCUGCAGUGGCUUUGGGCACACACACACAGAGCCACGCUCCGCCAGCCCAGCUCUGCCUCCCAGCUCAGCCCCCGCCGCUGCUGGGCCCUUUGCCGGUGCCCGCUGGGUACCCACGCAUCCAUCCCACGCAAGGGCUGCUGUCCGCUGUGGGAGCCAUAACCUGGUCAGAGGCAGAGGAUGGGAGGCACUGCUGGACUCACUCACACAUCCCUGACUCUCCUCACCUUGCUAGUGUGGUGCCAAGCACAGAGCAGCACAAGGAGCUACGGGCCAGUGUUUGAGGAGCAGCCUGUCCACACUCUCUUCCCUGAAGGCUCAGCAGAGGAGAAAGUCACUUUGGCUUGCAGAGCAAGAGCCAGUCCCCCUGUGACCUACAGGUGGAAGAUGAACGGCACAGAGCUCAAGGUGGAGCCAGAUUCCCGGUACAGGCUGGUUGCAGGUGACCUGGUGAUAAGCAACCCGGUGAAAGCCAAGGAUGCUGGCUCCUACCAGUGUGUGGCAUCCAACCCCAGGGGCACAGUGGUCAGCAGAGAAGCCUCCCUCCGCUUUGGGUUCCUGCAGGAAUUCUCUGCUGAAGAGAGAGACCCUGUGAAGAUCACAGAAGGCUGGGGAGUGAUGUUCACCUGCAGCCCCCCUCCCCACUACCCAGGUUUGUCCUACCGAUGGCUCCUGAAUGAGUUUCCCAACUUCAUCCCAGCCGAUGGGAGGCGUUUUGUGUCCCAGACCACAGGAAACCUUUACAUUGCCAAGACAGAGGCUUCUGACCUGGGCAACUACUCCUGCUUUGCCACCAGCCACAUUGAUUUCAUCACCAAGAGUGUCUUCAGCAAGUUCUCCAGGCUCAGCCUUGCUGCAGAGGAUGCCAGGCAGUAUGCACCCAGCAUAAAAGCCAGGUUCCCUGCAGACACCUACGCUCUGGCUGGGCAGGUGGUGACCCUGGAGUGCUUUGCCUUUGGAAACCCUGUUCCUCGGAUCAAGUGGAGGAAGCUGGAUGGCUCCCACGCCUCCAAGUGGAUCGGCAGCGAGCCCCUCCUGCAGAUCCAGGAUGUUGGCUUCGAGGAUGAAGGCACCUACGAGUGUGAGGCUGAAAACAUCAAAGGGAGGGACACCUACCAGGGCCGCAUCAUCAUUCAAGCUCAGCCAGAGUGGCUGAAGGUGAUCACAGACACCGAGGCUGACAUCGGCUCUGACCUGCGCUGGAGCUGCGCCGCCGCCGGCAAACCCAGACCCACCGUGCGGUGGCUUCGGGACGGGCAGCCCCUGACCUCCCAGAACCGCAUCGAAGUGAGCGGUGGAGAGCUGAGGUUUUCCAAGCUAGUCCUGGAGGACUCUGGCAUGUAUCAGUGUGUGGCUGAGAACAAGCAUGGCACAGUGUAUGCAAGUGCUGAAUUAACAGUGCAAGCCCUAGCACCUGAUUUCAGACUAAACCCAGUGAAGCGCCUGAUCCCUGCAGCCCGAAGCGGGAAGGUCAUCAUCCCAUGCCAGCCAAGAGCAGCACCAAAAGCCACUGUGCUCUGGACCAAAGGGACUGAACUCCUCAUCAACAGUAGCAGGGUGACUAUUACCCCUGAUGGCACUUUGAUCCUCCAGAACAUCAGCAAGUCUGAUGAGGGGAAGUACACCUGCUUUGCUGAGAACUCCAUGGGCAAAGCCAACAGCACUGGAAUCCUCUCUGUUCGAGAUGCCACCAAAAUCACAUUGGCACCAUCUAGUGCUGACAUCAACGUAGGUGAAAACCUCACCCUGCAGUGCCAUGCAUCCCACGACCCAACCAUGGACCUAACCUUCACCUGGUCCCUGGAUGACUUCCCCAUUGACUUGGACAAGGCUGAGGGACACUACCGGCGAGCCAGCGCGAAGGAAGCUAUUGGAGACCUCAGCAUCUUCAACACCCAGCUGAAGCACUCGGGGAGGUACACGUGCACAGCCCAGACCGUGGUGGACAGCGCUUCCGAGUCAGCCACGCUGACUGUCCGAGGACCUCCAGGCCCCCCAGGAGGCGUGGUGGUGAGGGACAUCAGUGACACCAGCGUGCAGCUGAGCUGGAGCCGUGGCUUUGAUAACCACAGCCCUAUUGCCAGGUACAUCGUGGAGGCUCGGACCCUCCUCUCCAGCAACUGGAAGCAAGUGCGGACCAAUCCUGUCAAUAUUGAAGGCAAUGCAGAGACAGCCCAGGUGGUGAACCUCAUUCCUUGGAUGGAUUAUGAGUUUCGGGUCUUGGCCAGCAACAUCCUUGGAAUUGGGGAGCCCAGUUUGCCCUCCAGCAAGAUCCGUACCAAGGAAGCAGCACCUACUGUGGCACCAUCUGGGCUUGGCGGCGGCGGAGGAGCUCCCAACGAGCUGAUCAUCAACUGGACGCCAACCCUGAGGGACUACCAGAACGGAGAUGGCUUUGGCUACAUCCUCUCCUUCCGCAAGAAGGGCACCCAGGGCUGGCUCAGGGCCAGGGUGCCGCACGCGGAGUCGCUGCACUACGUCUACCGCAACGAGAGCAUCGCACCCUACACCCCCUUCGAGGUGAAGAUCAAAGCAUACAACAGGAAGGGAGAGGGACCAGAGAGCCUCACUGCCAUUGUCUACUCUGCAGAAGAAGAACCUAAAGUGGCUCCUUUCAGAGUUCUGGCCAAGGCUGUUCUGGCUUCAGAAAUGGAUGUGUCCUGGGAGCCCGUGGAGCAGGGAGACAUGACUGGAGUGCUUCUGGGCUACGAGAUUCGGUACUGGAAGGAUGGGGACAAGGAGGAGGCAGCUGACAGAGUGAGAACAGCAGGGCUGGUGACAUCAGCUCACGUCACAGGGCUAAGCCCCAACACAAAGUACCAUGUGUCAGUCAGAGCCUACAACCGGGCUGGAACUGGCCCCCCCAGCCCCUCCACCAACGUCACCACAACCAAGCCACCACCAAAGAAGCCACCUGGCAACAUCUCCUGGACUUUUUCUGGGUCUACAGUCAGCAUCAAGUGGGACCCAGUGGUGGCCAAAGCAGAUGAGUCUGCAGUCACAGGGUACAAGAUGCUUUACAGGCAGGAUUCCCACUCUGCCCCCACACUGUACCUGGCCAGCAAGAGCAAGAUUGACAUCCCUGUUCCUGAAGACUUCACUCAUGCCUUUGUCCAGAUCAGGGUGACAGGGCCUGGGGGCGACGGGACCCCAGCAGAAGUCCACAUCCUGCGGAACAGUGGGACAAGCAUGAUGGUGGAAGACUCUGUGACAAGACCAGUGCCCCACAUUGUCAUCAUCACAACUAACUCUCUACUUAUGGUGACCCUGAUCAGCUACCUGGAGCUCUGACAGCAAAACAACACAGCAGAGGACUCCUGGACACCUUUCUUCCCAAACCUAGUGGUGGAACUACUCAACACUUGGCUGCUACAGCUUCAAGUCAGUCCCACCAGCCACAACAACAGCAGCAGGAGGAGGAGGGAGGAAAUGACCUGAUGAGGUCGUUUGAAGGGAGGAAGAAACAAAGAGCUUUCUGGUGGGGGUUGUUUUGGAAGGCUUGGAAGGAUUUUGAUACCAGGUGUGGGGCUUGAAUUCCACAGGGGUUUGGGGUUGGGUUUUUUUUUUUGCUGUUGUUGUUGUUGUUUCUUUUUUAUUUAAAGCAACCUGUAGAAGGCAGAAGAAUUCUACAGGGGAUUCUGGCAAGCAACUGCCCCCAACACCACCACCACCAUCACUGUCUCCAGGAGGUUUUCUGCCUUAUGAAGCCAUGUCCUAAAAAAAAAAAACCCAACCCCAGACUGCUCCAUUUGACUCUUUUGGGGAGGAGGUUUUUAAACAACAACAACAACAACAAUCUGUACAGUGACUUUGAAAGGGGGUGGGAGAGGAGAAAGGAAGAGGAUGGGGACUGAAGAUCUGACAAUGAUCAGCCUGUGCCAUCCCAACCCCAGUCACAGCCAAAAUGAAGGGACAGGAUUAUUAUGGGGGGGGGUGGGGGGAGGUGGGGGGGGGUCCCCUCCUCUAACACAAGCCAAAUUCUGCAGCAAGCAGCCCAAGGAGAUGAAGCCACAAGAGAAAUGUGACCUCUGCCCCAUGCUGCAGAUGGAUAAAAGCAGAGCUUAGGUGGAGAAAAGCUUCUUUGUUUUGGACAACACUGCUGCUAGCUUGCAACAUCUCCCCCCCAAAUCCACUCCCCCUGCCCCCAGCCCACUGUUUGUAUCAACCUGUCCUGCUGUGAGGUGCAAAGCUCAAAGUGAUCCAUAUCCUA